CACUAACAUGUACGGCGAUGCCCUUCUUCAGAAAAGAUAAAUUGGGGUGGAUCUGGACACAAGUCCCAGUUACCGUCUUAGUUAGAAGUUAGUUACAGAAGAACGUUUGUCGAAAUGCCCAAAGUAAACAGGACGAUCUGGGAUCAAUCUGGCGAUUCGCGAUCCCAUCAUUAUUAUCAGCUGAUGCACGAGGAUACUAGUAGUCAGUAGUAUUAGUACUGGUAUAUGACCGGACGUCUGAACAGCAGUACUGCCUAUAAUUAUAGUAUAUUUCUGACCAACCGACACCAUGCCACUUCAAGGUAAGUCCUAUGUCGCGUAUCCGUUGCGUUGGCAUUGAUGGUGGAAGUGCGUGAGUCACACAAUACGUACAUCAUGUACAUGUGAAGAGGGGAAGAAAUGCGAUUCAUAAAAACGUCCAAAGCGAAUGGGUGUUAGUUCACACCACAGGCACAGACCACCAAGACAACAAUAUUGGACCACUGCUGCACGCAUACUACUACAUGUACUACUGGACUACUGCGUACUGUGGACUGUACUCACCUGCUCACUGCCUGUCUUUACUGACUGGCACUGCAUGCAUGGCCGUCAGCGUGCCCGUAUGCCCUCUGCACUGCAACCGGUCUUUCACUACACUAACAUGUACGGCGAUGCCCUUGUUCAGAAAAGAUAAAAGGGGGUGGAUCUGGACACAAGUUCCAGUUAUAACGUUACCGUCUUAGUUAGAAGUUAGUUACAGAAGAACGUUUGUCGAAAUGCCCAAAGUAAACAGGACGAUCUGGGAUCAAUCUGGCGAUUCGCGAUCCCAUCAUUAUUAUCAGCUGAUGCACGAGGAUACUAGUAGUCAGUAGUAUUAGUACUGGUAUAUGACCGGACGUCUGAACAGCAGUACUGCCUAUAAUUAUAGUAUAUUUCUGACCAACCGACACCAUGCCACUUCAAGUUUUCAUUGCAGAGGUUGAGUGAACAUGACCACGGAAAUUGGCCUCAGCGAUACGUGCACUCCUUUCGAAGCAAGAAUCACAGCUCUAAUAGAGAGGAACAAUCGCCUGGAGAAGCGACUCGCCCAGGACAGGGAGCUGAUCGUGCUCCUGUGUCGGGAGAAUAUGGCGAAAGAUGUCGUCAUCGGACAGCUGCUUGAUCGGCUAGGGACAGGAUAUCCAUCCUACGGUCUCCGGACAGGUCAAAUGAUAGCCGAAUGCACGGAGUCUCCUGAAAAGCAUCAAGCACCAGUGUGCUAUGCUCUGCAUUCAACACCGAUGGAAAAGCAUCCUGAUGACUCUACAGCUCCGCCUGGGCCGCCACUUCCCGUACAGGAGACAUCUGUGAAGCCAGGCUACGGAUAGCAACCUGUAACACACUCAGCAUACAUGUACAUGUACAUUGUACAUUAUCCUGGAGUGAAUGUUCAGUAUGGUAUAUUGUACAUUAUCCUGGAGUGAAUGUUCAUUAUGGUAUAUUGUACGAGUUACAUGUACAAUGUGCAAGUACAAAGUCUUGUUCCUGUAUACAUGUAUACAUGUAUGUCGGCAGCUGAAACUUUUUAAACUUCAGUUUCUUUUCCCCUUGGCCCUUUUCCCUUUUUUGAAGACGAUUAUUAAGAUGUAUUUGUAGAUUAGUUCAGGUAUCCUUGCUGCAUCGCUAGAUUAUAGUUCACUUUAUCGGCCACAGAUCAAACGCACUGCAAGCCCCCUUCCCGCAAGCUGCGUAAACACAUGCGCACACACACACACAUAUACACACACACACAUCCGCUCAUGCAUAAACAUGUAGACAUUUGGUCACACACACAUGCACGCACCAAGUCACCAAUUUGCCUGCACAUUCUCGUGGAGUAAAUCUGGGUUUAAAAAAAUCCAAAAUUUGAAAUUACACGUGUUUCGGUACACGCAUCCGAAUUCAUAACAUUUUAGAACGAUAAGAAAAGAUUUUCUAAUGUCUCUUUCGUUAAAAAAAUUUGAAUCGCAAUGAUAAAACCUUUGUCAGUUUGUCUCCAAAUCGCUUCUACAUGUACAUGUACAUGAAUAUGCUAUGCCAUUUCAAGUUUUUCAAGAUUUCUACUGAAAACAUUUGUCGUUCUUUUCUUCAGAAAAUUUACAAUUGUUUCGCCAAGGA